UUCCCAUGGAUCGUAUUACUGAAGCCUCCAGCUCUGAGACAUCUGCUCCACCGCUAACAACAGAGCGCGUCCCCGCGUCCCAGACCUGCGACCGAUCCCGUCUCCUGUGGUGCCCCCUCCUCCUCCUCCGCCUCCUCCUCCUGCCCUCCACCCCACAAUUGUGAUCUCUCCGUUAUUUGUGCUAACGCGGCGAUCAUGAGGAGCCACGGUGCGUGCGCCCUCCACGUUUUCCGGCUGUAGUGUAGUUCACCCCGGCCCCCUCUGCUCCAUCCAUCCCGGAGCGAGCAGCCAGGAGCGGCGGCUUCCCUCCCGGUGCCAUCGAGCAGGCAGCAGCGUUUCUUUUUGUCUGUGCGGUGCGCAGGCUGCGGGGCUGCUGAGAGGCUUCCCAUCAUCUCCGCUGCUUUUUUUCGGGGGAAAGAGAGGACGAGGAAGGGCGGAUGAACAAAAUAAAAACCCCCAAAGCUCUCCGCGUCUGAUGCGUAAAGACGCGGAUAUCUGAUCCGAUUUAGUUUUUCCGCUCAGUCUUUCUGCGAGCUUUUUUUGUUUUGUUUGGUUGUUUGACACCAUGGAGUCGGUGGAGAAGGAGUGCGGAGCGCUGGGUGGAUUAUUCCAGGCCAUCGUGAACGACAUGAAGAGCUCGUACCCUGUGUGGGAAGACUUCAGUGCCAAGGCCACGAAACUGCACUCGCAACUCAGGACCACAAUUCUGGCAGCUGUGGCCUUUUUAGAUGCCUUUCAGAAGGUGGCCGACAUGGCGACCAACUCCAGAGGUGCCACCAGGGACGUGGGCUCGGCUCUGACGAGGAUGUGCAUGCGACACCGCAGCAUCGAGGCAAAAUUGCGCCACUUCACCAAUGCUCUUAUGGAAGGCCUGGUGACGCCGCUCCAGGACAGGAUCGAGGAAUGGAAGAAGACGGCUAAUCAGCUGGACAAAGACCAUGCCAAAGAAUACAAGCGGUCUCGUCAGGAAAUCAAAAGGAAGUCGCUAGAUACCAUAAAACUCCAGAAGAAAGCAAGAAAAGAGCUGCUAGGCCGGGGGAACCUGCGCCCCCAGCUGGACAGCGCCAUGCAGGACGUCAGCGACUUGUACCUGCUGAUGGAGGAGACGGAGAAGCAGGCGGUGCGCAGAGCCCUCCUGGAGGAGAGAGGCCGUUACUGUACAUUCAUCAACAUGCUUCAGCCGGUGGUGAACGUGGAGAUCGCCAUGCUGGGAGAGAUCACACACUUGCAGGCCAUUGUUGAUGACCUCACCGUGCUGACUGAAGACCCGCACAAGCUGCCGCCAGCCAGUGAGCAGGUGAUCCGGGACUUGAAGGGUUCUGAUUACAGCUGGUCCUACCAGACCCCUCCUUCCUCCCCGAGCAGCACCGGCUCCAGGAAGAGCAGCAUGUGCAGCCUCCUCCAGAUGCCCUCGGCUGGAGCACAUCGGCUCAGCAGCGUCUCCUCCCACGACUCGGGCUUCGUCUCCCAGGACGCCAACACCCACUCCAAGCCUCCGUCGCCCAUGCCCUCUGACAUCACCAGCCAGAAAUCAACAAGCUCAGCCUCUUCUGAGGCUUCAGAAACCUGCCAGUCUGUCAGCGAGUGCAACUCUCCUACAGCGUUUGGCUCAUGCUCAUCCUUCGGUACCUUUCGCCCUGCUUUCUCUCACACUGGCACCAUCAGGCCUCUCUCUGUCAUACUUCCUGCGUCCCCCACAUUUAACCACUCCCCUGGAUCCAACACCCCCUCACCUACAUCAAAGAUUCCUAGCUGGAAGGACUGGGCCAAGUCGAGCUCCUGCGAGCCAUCACUGGCCAGCACUCUGCAGCGUAGGAGGGAGUCUGUGGAUAAGAUGAGAGAACUUGAAGCUCCGCCCAGUCCGCUGGGGUAUUCUGGGAUGCAACCAGAUGAUCCGCACCGAGCGAGAGUUGGCCCAGGAACCAUUGCAGCCAAGCAUGGCGAGCCGCUCUCUCCAGCAGCCAGUACCCUCGCUAUGGUCCUGACCCGAGGUUUGAGCAUGGAGCAGCAGAAGAGCAGCAGGGACUCUCUGCAGUACUCCAGCGGCUACAGCACCCAGACCAACACCCCGUCCUGCUCCGAGGACACCAUACCCUCUCAAGGUUCUGAUUACGAGUGCUACUCUCUCAACGGGGAUGCUGACAGUGAAGGACAGGCCGACUUUGACAAGUCCUCCACCAUCCCGCGACACAGCAACAUCGCUCAGAGCUACCGCCGCAUGAUCCAAACCAAGAGGCCCGCCAGCACAGCAGGUCUGCCCGCAGGUAAGACCCUGCAGGGAACGCCAAACGGUGCAGGCAGCUCUGGAGCCAUCUCGUCGGGGACGGCCACCAUCCGCAGGACGCCGUCCUCCAAAACUGGAGUGAGGCGCACGCCGUCCACAUCCGGCCCCAUUCCCAUCCGGCCCCCCAUCGUGCCAGUUAAGACGCCCACAGUGCCAGAUUCUCCCGGGUAUGCCAGCCCCUCGCAGCAUCGCGUGGGCAGCGAGGAGUUUCUGUACCCUGAUGACCCAUCUAGUGGUGACUACAUGAGGGCUUCUCCAAAGCGGAUGAGCCUCCCUGACACAGCUUGGGGCUGUGGAGGAGGAGGAGGAGGAGGAGGGGCGGACAGGACUGUUUACGCCCAGCAGGCCCCCGGCAUGGCCGCCCACAGUGCUGAGGAGGACCCUCUGCUCGCUGCCAACCGCCACAGCCUGGUGGAGAAGAUAGGGGAGCUGGCAGCCAGCGCCCACGCCCUCGGUGAGGGCCACUUCCCCUUCCAAAGCUCACUGCCAGGGGAUCCGGCUCUGUGUGCGCCCCAGGAGCCGUCCUCCAUGACACAGGAAGACAAAGAUAUGCUGGUGUCAAUACGCCGGGGCGUGAGGCUCCGCAAGACAAUGACCGACGACAGGUCUGCUCCCAGGAUUCUGCGGUAGCUGAGGGGGAGGAAGGCUGUGACGCAGCAGCUGUGGUGCCCGAACUCACAAACUGAAGCUCUGUAGUGAAACGACACACAUGAACUGUGGUACAAAGUAACGGAGAGGAUGUUAACAUGUGGUGAACGAAGGCCAGUUCGGAGUAAUGACCAUGAACAAAUGUCGAGUCAUUUCAUGUCAUGUAUGUAUUGCGUACGUACAAAGUAAUCCAUAUUUUUUUGGUUUUUAAUUCUUCUGUUUGGUUUCUGUUUUUUUUUUUUUCUCGUCUGUGGGCGUCGUGGCUGUUUUCUGUCUGCUCCCCGUGUGACCGCUCGUCUCAGCCCAGUCUGUCCCUUUUCUUUAGAGCCGGCGGUGACGAAGACGUCGCCACUGUUAGGGAUCGAACGCUCCCGUGUCUUUGUUUUUGCUCGUAUGAUUAUUCUAAUAUUGUGCAUUUCUUAAUUAACACAGCCACCUGUCAGUGCUCUGUGAGCCUGUCUGUAUGUUGUGUUGCUCAUCAUUACUGUACACGUACCGUAUUACUGUUUUUUUUUGUCUCAUAAGCUGAACAGCAGCUGUGUAAGUCAUGUAAAAUAGGAGCAAUAUGGCAGUGUUUUUAUUGCUGUACUGUACUGUCAAUAUAUUCUGCAAUUAAACAGGCUUUUUACU